ACAGUGACCAAUGACGAACAAGCGCCUCGACAUGGAGAUGUGAAAUUGGUUAUGAAUCAACCAGCGAAUGGGACUGUAACGGCACCGAAUGGGCAAAUAUCGACAAACCCGAACGGCGUUCAGUCGAAUUUGAAUAAUGGUACACCGUCGUUACCGGUGAGUUGGUUUGAUUAUUACGGAGUUGGUUUCGAAUUUACCAACGAAGUAGCGACAGAGUCAAUGACGGCACCACUCACAUCGUCAAUGGUAAUGUGA